AAAAGCAGUGUACAGUGUCUACAGUCUGGCUUAGCUGAGACCCCAAAACAGAAUCUUAUAAAUAUUUGGACUCCCAGAUGGUAUGAGGUUAUAAGGGAGUUUGCAAUGGCAAUGCUCUGGAAAUUCAUGAGAGUAGCUAUGUAUUCUAAAACAACCUUACCACUGAAAGUGAGAGGAAUUCCGGUCCAUUCAAGGCAUUCUUCUUCUUCCAAGUCUGUACCUUCAGAUUUUGCUGCCAGCACACCCUGCUCAAAUACUGUGGAACUGUUUGGUAAAUCUUAUCCUCAGGAUGACUACAGCAAUGUCACAGGGAAGAUUCUUUCCAAAGUGGGGAAGAACUUGCAUAACAAAAAGCAUCACCCUUUGUGGCUAAUCAAGGAGCAGGUGAAGGACCACUUUUACAAGCAAUAUAUAGGACGACGUGGGACUCCGCUCUUUUCUGUCUACGAUGGUCUUUCUCCAGUGGUUACAGUACAGCAGAAUUUUGAUAGUUUACUUAUACCACAAAACCAUGCCAGCAGAAAGAAAGAGGAUAACUAUUACUUGAAUCGUGAUCACAUGCUAAGAGCACACACAUCAGCACACCAGUGGGACUUGAUACACUCAGGCCUAGAUGCAUUUCUGGCUGUGGGAGAUGUCUACCGCCGUGAUACAAUUGAUAACACCCACUAUCCAGUCUUUCAUCAGAUGGAAGGAGUUCGGCUCUUCUCCUGUCAUGAGUUGUUCUCCAACAUUAAAGAUGGUGAAAGCUUCCAGUUGUUUGAGCAAGGUCAUCGCACUGCACACAAGCAAGAGUGUCACACCAUGGAGGCAGUGAGGCUGGUGGAGUUCAAUCUGAAGCAAGUGCUCACAAAGCUCGUGACUCACAUCUUUGGUGAUGGACUGCAAGUCAGAUGGGUAGACUGUUACUUUCCGUUUACUCACCCUUCCUUUGAGAUGGAGAUCAACUUCCAAGGAGAAUGGCUGGAGGUCCUGGGCUGUGGGGUCAUGGAGCAGCAGCUAGUUAACUCAGCUGGCGCUCAGGAUAAAAUUGGCUGGGCAUUUGGCUUGGGUUUGGAGAGGCUGGCCAUGAUCCUGUACGAUAUUCCUGACAUCCGACUGUUCUGGAGUGAAGAUGAACGCUUCUUGAAGCAGUUUAUUGUGCCUCACAUUUGCCAAAAAAUAAAAUUUCAGCCACUCAGCAGAUACCCACCUUUGAUUAACGACAUCUCCUUUUGGCUGCCUUCUGAGACAUACUCCAAGAAUGAUUUCUAUGAGUUGGCUCGAACCAUUGGUGGAGACCUCAUAGAAAAGGUUGUCCUACUGGAUGAAUUUACCCAUCCAAAGUGGAUGAAGUAUUCAGAGAUGUUAGAGGACUAGCUGCGUUCUUAUGUGCUGGUGAGAAGUCAACAGCUUGAAAACCACCAGUAGGCUGAAAGCCUCUAAAAGACCACUUCAUGGUCUGGAGUUCUCAGGACUUGCAGGUUCUUAGUGUUACAACAGCUGACAAAAUGGCUGUGCCAACAUCUUCCACCACGUAACCUGCUGAAAGUGCAAGGUUCCCCUGAAAUGGCUCAAAAAGUCUAUGUCCAAAAUCUUUCAAGUAGUCCUAGGACUUAGACUGUAUAUUAGUAUUUGACUUUCAGUCAGACACGUGUUCCUACACUUUUUUUGUGAAUAGAACUUAUAUUCCUUCUUCACUUACGCAUCUUUGCAAUCUUACCUUUCUUAAUAACAUGAUCAAGAAACUCUCAGACCGGGGGUUGUUCAUCAGCUGCUGUUACAUGAUAUAGCAUUUAGUCUGGUUAUACUGUCUUGUUUGGGGAGAAGACUGUCCUCUGGCAAGAGGCUGUGUAGAUCCCUUACCUCUGUUUGCUUGGUGGCUGCUGGUAUGAGGAGGCUGGAAAGGGGGGGAAGGGGCCUCAUCUGGAAUCUAGCAGCAAAAUCACAGCACAGGUGAGUCAGAGAUUAUUGUUUCCUAUUUAAAUGUUGAAUUCAUAUUAGGUAAAAGGAGGGAUGUGAUUACAAAAGCCAAGCAGAGGACAGACCCUGCUUGGUCAAGGGGGUCUAAGUACCACAAUAAAUGAUGUGAUCUACUGAA